UCCAUAUUUAAGCACAGAAUGUUGCUUCCUUUUCGUUUCCUUUCGUUUCGUUUUCUCGGCUGCAGAGCAAGAAUUUGCAACAUUGGUUAAAUACUUCCUGUUUCGUUUAAAAAGUACUUAGCAUAAUUACUAAUUGGCCUACCUGAUCAUAGAAAUACAAAGGAGCAAUCCUGGAUGGAGAGGUCAUUAUUUCGUCCCGAUUGAAUCCUCUUGUAUGUCCUCAGGAGAAAGAUGCAGAUAAAACGUACAAUGCGUCUUGAAAAAAUAUGGACAAUUACAAACUUUAGUGCGCGUGAAUCCUCCUUUCACCUGUGCUAACAUGCCUGUGCGCUCUUUGUGCAGGGCUUGUUGCUAGGUGACACAUUUCUUUACACUCGUGUGCGCAAACUCGCGAUAUGAACUGUUACAGAUUUGCAUGAAAUAAAAAUGCAAUUACACACAGCAUAACUUACAAUAACUGAUAUCCUACACUGGGCACACAGCUGGAGUAACACAGUCUUUACUGAGGAGCUGUAUAGUCAUUCACAGGUGUGCGACAGGUAACCUGAGACUCUCUCUGUGACUGGAUGUUCAGAGGAAAUGAUGAUACCAGCAGGCAGUGCAGCUUUUGCAGGUCGUGUAUUAGGACAUGAUGGUCACAUAACCAAGCACAGAGAGAUUACAGUGGCGUUGUGUUGCUCUUCUAUUACAGUUUGUUCCCAGAUGGAGAAAAAUAUCUGUUUAGAAAUAAAAGUUUUCGCCUCUCAGGACAGAGGAGGAUCGUCUUCCUCUCCACGGUUCAAGUCUUUACACAGAGAUGCUCUAAUAGCUCAUUAUUGGCUCAGCUUCCUCCAGCACACUUUUCUGCUUUGACCACUGGAGGCUCUCAGCAGCUUAUGCGUCACUUCACCUCUCAGUCGCUGAUCAUGGCGGAGCUACAGCUACAGCACGAAGUGCAGCCUCAACUUCUUAAUGGGGACGACUUGAACGAAGAGAGAGAGGAUGCAGACGCUACAGAAUCAGUGAAGAAGAAGAGAAGAAAGAAGAAGAGGAAUAAGACCACGGGACCAGCAGGGACAAAUGAGGCUGAGGGGGAUGGAGGAGAAGCCGGAGGUGUUGGUGAUGUGACAAAACAGUUGGAGCAGCAAACGCUGGAAGACAAAGAGAGGGAGGAGGAUGGAGAAGAAGAUGGUGAAGAGGGAGAGAACUCAGCUGGAAAAAAGAAGAAGAAGAAGAAAAAGAAGAAGGGAUUGAAGGGACAGACUGACCCUCCCUCAAUCCCUAUUUGUGAGCUCUAUCCCAGUGGAGACUUUCCAAAGGGAGAGGAGUGUGAAUAUCCACCAUCGAAAGACGGGCGCAGUGCAGCGUGGCGGACCACCAGUGAAGAGAAGCGGGCGCUGGACAGGGCCAACGAGGAGAUGUGGAGUGAUUUCAGGCAGGCGGCCGAGGCACAUCGGCAGGUUCGCAGCUACGUCAGGAGCUGGAUCCAACCAGGGAUGACCAUGAUUGACAUCUGUGAGAGGCUGGAGGACUGCUCCAGGAAGCUCAUCAAAGAAAACGGGCUUAAGGCAGGCCUGGCUUUCCCCACCGGCUGCUCCAUCAACCACUGUGCCGCCCACUACACCCCUAAUGCAGGAGACCCCACUGUGCUGCGCUACGACGAUGUCUGCAAAAUCGACUUUGGAACACACAUCAACGGUCGAAUUAUAGACUGUGCCUUCACCGUCACUUUCAAUCCAAAGUUCGACCGGCUGCUGGAGGCCGUGAGAGACGCAACUAAUACUGGGAUCAAGUUUGCAGGGAUUGAUGUGCGCCUGUGCGACGUCGGGGAGACCAUUCAAGAGGUCAUGGAGUCGUAUGAAGUGGAGAUAGAUGGGAAAACAUAUCAAGUGAAGCCAAUCAGGAACCUGAACGGUCACUCCAUCGGACAGUACAGGAUACACUCUGGGAAAACAGUCCCUAUUGUGAAAGGAGGAGAAGCCACAAGGAUGGAGGAAGGUGAAGCUUAUGCAAUUGAGACAUUUGGCAGCACAGGAAGAGGAGCAGUCCACGAUGACAUGGAGUGCUCACAUUACAUGAAAAACUUCAAUGUUGGACACGUACCAAUAAGACUUCCAAGGGCUAAACAUCUGCUGAACGUGAUCAAUGAGAACUUUGGUACUCUGGCAUUCUGCCGCCGCUGGCUGGACCGCCUGGGCGAGAGCAAGUACCUGAUGGCAUUGAAGAACCUGUGCGACCUCGGCAUCAUAGACCCCUACCCUCCUCUCUGCGACAUCAAGGGCAGCUACACGGCCCAAUACGAGCACACCAUCCUUCUCAGGCCCACCUUUAAAGAGGUUGUGAGCCGUGGCGACGACUACUAAACAUGCGCCAAAAACUGGAGGCGAAACCGGGAGGAGCAUGACAGCUCUGAGACAACAAACCUCUGCAGACUGACAGCAACUUAUGCAAUAUUUCUCUGAUCUACAUUUCCACUGCUUCUGUACCUUUAGGUGAUUCUUUUAGCAAGAGCAAAAGACUAGUGUCAUGGCAGUAGCUUGAUAGUAUUUUUUUUUCAACAGGAUCAAGCCAAUAGACAAAGGACAUAUCUUUGAGUAACAUACUAACGUAGUGCUGUUAUUUUAGUCAGAUGUUUAUGUGCUGCUUUUAGAACAAUAUGCAAAAGAAAUAUAUGCAAAAGGAUCAUGCAAAAAAUAUUUUGGGGAACUCCUCGGCCAACAAUAUUAUGCUUUAUUGCCUUGUUAAGACCUUGUGAGGGAAAAUACAACUGCUCUGAAAUAUUUAUAUUUCUAUAUUUCUUUGCUCUAUUUUAAGUUCAGGCAGUUUUAUAAGAAAUAAAUUGUUAUAAAUCUU